AUGGCCAAGCCCGCUGCCGCUGAGCCAUUCUCCAUACGGGGUUACGCCAUGAGGAUGCGGGCCGUCGACGCGGCCGAGUGCUACCCGUUCGUCGGCGGCGGCUGCAGCGAAGGGGAGGGGGAACCGCCGCCGCCGCGGUUCCCGCCGAUGGACCCGAAGCCGCUGUCACGGUGGUGGCAGCACGAGCUCGCGGCGGGGCAGGCCCGGCUUUUGGCUGGCGCCAGGGGCGGAGAGGCUGCGGCAGCCGGCGGCCUCGGCGGUGCGCUGCGGAAGGGGACCAAGAGGAAGGGAUCUCUCUCGAGUUCCACGGGCGAGAGGGCCAGGAAACGCCGGCAUGCGCUUCAAUUUAGGUCCUUUCUGACGAACAAGGAGAGAACUGCUAAGCCUCAGUCAACAUCUCGUUUGCAUGAACACAAGUUGCAUAUGGCAUUGCAGAGAAAGCAUAAAAGUUCUACUGUCCAUACAAGUACAGAACUUGAACCAAGGAAGAAACUGGAAGAGGCACGUGAUCGCAUGCCAACUCAUGAAAACAGCGUGAAUAAGCGAAACAGAGAAAGAACGGACCCUUCUAGUGAAAUGAAUAGUGACCUCUUGGGGAUAAAGGAAGUUUCCUCUGUAAAUAAGCAAGUCAUAGAAGUCAAUGGUUCAACUAAUAAUCCUACAAAUACUGGCUAUGAAAUGGUGAAAACUUCCACAGGGCCCAAAGACGAUAUCUUUGGAGAUCUCCCUCUUCUCGAAUUAGAAAGCUCCAAGAUUAUGUUUCGGACUGGUGUUCAUGAACUUCCAACUGUUAUAGAAGAAUCAUUUAUAACAAAUCAAACCGAAGCAGAUUCUAUACCAGAAGCUGUACCCUUGGAGCUGAUAGCUGCAUCUGACAUCACUGCUCAGACGCCAUCUCCUCUUGAAGACUUGGCAAAAAGUGAAGACACUGAGCCAGCAUGCAUCUCCCACAAUGAUGUGGCAGGGAGUCACCCUUCCACUGUUGGAAUUGAUGGUCUGCCAAAUCAUAAGAACACCAAUAUGAUGAAACCAGGUCUUGGUGAUAUGCAGUUGAAAUUGACUGACGUGUCUGCUUUAGGUUCUCAUUCUGUUCUGAGGUCAAAAUGUGGUUCUGGUAACCCUCUGCAGGGUUGUUUUGAUGUGAACAAAAACUGCUCUCAGGAAAUAAAAAAACAUGGUACAAAUUCUACUAGCAGUCCACCUGCCAUGAGAACCAGAACUGAAGAAACUAAAUAUAAAGAUGCACCAGUUAAGGGCAAGAAGAGUAUUGAGAUCACUGCAGUGGUUGCACUACCUGCGCCUGCCAACCAACUUUCAUAUCAAGCUAGCGUGUUGCCCUCUGCAGUAUCACAUACAGUUUUCAGCACAAGAGUUGAUUCAAAUGGCAUGUCUUCAUUCAGAAGUAUGCCUGCCAAGGAAUGCGUCCCAACUACCAGACCUGGUAACUUCAGAACUAAUGUGUGCCAUGGAAGUAGGAAACAUGUGGAUCCAUGUGCGGCACUAUCUACAGAUAACCAGGGUAGCUCGCAUUCAAAACUUCACCCAAUUUGCAGUCCUGCUAACAUUGGGAUGGCUUUUAUGAAGCUACCGGGCCUUGAAAGAAUGGAGAUCUCAAACUGCAAUGUAAAGAUAGGUGAAAACAGGUUUAAUAAUGCAGAGUCAAUGAACGCAAUAAGAUAUCAGAAACAACAGUUGUUGAGUGGCAUGACCUAUGUAAUGCAAGGUCAGAAACAGAUUGGUCUAAGCAGCUCUCAAGUUGGGAAACCAGCUCUGAAUGGUUAUGGGGGCCAAGGUGAUCAUCAUCUGCAGCAACCCACGGUUCGUUUGAUGGGUAAGACCGUCUCAGUUUGCUCACAUAGCAAGGAUCAUAAUGUAUCGACCAUGGAUCAAGUGAGUCCUGACAAUGUUGCCAUUGAAACAAGCCGCCUAUCCACAAUCUCAUGUCAGUUACCCCAAAAGAGAUCAUUCCCUUGUCAGGAUUCUGUGACACCAAGAGUGCAUCUAAACAAUUCUUCAGAUUUUUUGGCAAGGAUUCCCAACAAUAGCGUGCCAGGGCAAAAUACAACUUUCAGUGGCCUCCAUAACCAAAGGCCACAACCAAUAAAUAGUGCUCCAACAGUGAAAGAUUGCGCUUGGAAUUUUGGUAAUCAGUUUGUUCGUCAAGCUGAAUUCAAUAAGGCAGCUGUAGUCUGCACCAACUCUCAGACCAGGCAUCUAGAGCUCCAUCAACCACCUCAUUUGAUAAGCAUUCCUCAGAAUCAACAGUCUCAUUUGUGGACUCAUGCAGCACAGAUGAGUAGGAAAUAUCAGUGUUUUGUGGAUCCAGCAGCGAACCAAUCUUCUCCGGUUCCAAAAUCGUUGCUAAAUGCAAGCAUGAAGGAAAAGUAUCAGAAAUCCAGUUUGUUGUCUUACGAUGAUCCUAGUUCUAUGCCUAUUCACCAACCCUACCAGAUACCUGGCGCGGAGUCAUCUUCUGCACCUGCCAUAUCCUUUUUUGAGUAUGGUGCGAAUAAUUGUUUGUCCAGAAGCUCUUCUCCUGGACUGAGUCUUUCUCUUGCAACUGGUUUGGCUAACGAGUCUGUUUCAACAGGCAGAGCAGCUUGUGCGGGCAGUCUUACAAAUGCAGAUGGCAGGAAGGUUGCUAGCUUUGCCGAACCAAUAAGCAAUAGACCAGCUUAUGCAGAUAAUGUUUCACAGCAACCUGCAAAGCCAAUAAGCAACAGAACAGCUUAUGUGACUGAUAAUGUUUCACAGCAACCUGCAAAGAGACAACUUGUUACAGAUACACAGGAUUUUAUGUCUAUGGGCCCAAACAUUGUGAACCAUUCACCUGGCUGGUCACUUAGUGAUGCAGUUGAUCCUCAGGUACUUGAUUUUAGUAAAAGAAUAGCAAGAGAUGCUGUUCAAACGUCAAGAAAUGAAAGCAACAAUCCAAGGGCCAGUUCUGGUCCAGUUCCGCCUAUUCAAACAUGGUCUAGUCCUGGGUUGGUUGUAGGGGCUAAUACCAUGUCGAAGCCAGGUCAAAACCUGAAUGAUCAUUCCAAACUGCUAUACUCCACCAAAUUUUCAGUUGAUAGUGGUGUCAAUUCAGUUGUAUUAUAG